UACCUAUCUCUCAGCCAUCCCAUGCACUAAUAGCUUUUCACAGAAAGAUGAAGUUGAUACUAAAAUCUCCAUCUUUUAUUUUCCUUGCCUUUUGCUUUGGGUGUAUACAUCUCUUGUAUUUGGGAGAGAGGUCCAUAGCUCAAACUACAACUAAUGCUACAACAGACCCAUCUGAAGCGGCCACUCUAAACUCCAUCUUUCGGCAAUUGGGUGUGUCUGCAUUGCCUACGUGGAACAUAAGUGGUGAACCAUGCAGUGGGGUCGCCACUGAUGAUUCUAAGAGCAUCGAUGAUGAGGACAUGAAUCCGGUGAUCAAAUGCGACUGCACAUUCAACAACGGGACCACCUGCCACAUAACAGCACUGAAAGUUUAUUCUUUGAAUGCAAGAGGCACAAUCCCGGAAGCGCUUGGGAAUCUGUCACUUCUCUCCAAUCUGAAUUUGGGUCAAAACUACUUAACCGGUUCCUUGCCUUCAUUUAUCGGCAAUUUAACAUCCAUGCAAUACCUGUCCUUUGCAGCCAACGCGUUGUCUGGAAGCAUCCCAAAGGAACUCGGAAACCUUCAAGAACUUUUGUCAUUGUCCUUUGGCUCAAAUAGUUUCAAUGGAUCACUCCCUGCAGAGUUGGGGAAUUUGGUAAAUCUGGAAGAACUUUACAUGAGCAGUGCCGGUGUCAGCGGUCUGAUUCCUUCAACAUUUGCCAAUCUAGUAAACUUGCAGAUAGUGCGGGCCUCUGAUAAUGAGUUCAAUGGUUCAAUACCUGACUUCAUAGGGAAUUGGACUAAUCUUAAAGCUCUGAGGUUUCAAGGGAAUUCUUUUCAAGGUCUGAUACCAUCGAGUUUUUCUAAUUUAACAUCUCUAACCGAGCUGCGAAUUGGCGACAUAAUGAACGGGACCUCAUCGUUGGCAUUUAUUAAGAACAUGAAGAGCUUAACCACCUUAAUCUUGAGAAAUAAUCGGAUUUCGGGUACAAUUCCAUCCGACAUUGGAGAUUAUCAAUCAUUACAGCACCUGGAUUUGAGCUUCAACAAUUUAACUGGUGAAAUUCCAAGUUCUCUCUUCGGUUUGACUUCACUUAGUUACUUGUUUCUUGGAAACAAUAGCUUGUCCGGUAGCCUUCCUUCUAGUAAAAGCUCAUCACUUGUCAACAUAGAUUUGUCAUACAAUCAAUUAUCAGGAAGCUUUCCUUCUUGGAUCACACAAGGCUUACAACUGAACUUGGUUGCCAACAACUUCAUCAUUGAUAGUUCUAUUAACAGUGCUUUGCCUUCAGGAUUGAAUUGUCUUCAGCGGAACUUUCUGUGCAAUCGGGGUUCUCCAAUCUAUUCUUCAUUUGCAAUCAACUGCGGCGGUAGAGGGAUGACCUCUUCUAAUGGAAUGGUGUAUGAGAAUGAUGAUGAGGUUCUCCGCACAGCAAUGUAUUAUGUAACUGACGAGACCAGGUGGGCUGUCAGCAACACUGGGUUGUUUGCUGGUAACAACAAUGCCUCGUACAUCUCAAGCUCUUCUUGGCAAUUUCUAAAUACUUCGGACUCAGAGCUCUUCAAAACAUCAAGGAUAUCACCAGGAUCGCUAAGGUACUAUGGACUCGGGCUUGAGAACGGCCAGUACAACAUAACUCUGCAAUUCGCUGAGAUAGCUAUCGAAGAUUCAACUACUUGGGAGAGUGUUGGAAGGCGUGUAUUUGACAUUUAUGCCCAGGGAAAUCUUCAAUUGAAAGAUUUUGAUAUAAAAAAAGCGGCAGGUGGGGUCUCUAAGAGUGCCGUUAGGAGGACUUUCCAGGCUAAUGUCACCGAGAAUUUCCUUGAAAUCCAUCUCUUUUGGGCUGGGAAAGGGACAUGCUGUAUACCUGUUCAAGGUACUUAUGGGCCAUCUGUUUCAGCCAUCAGUGUCACUCCCGACUUCACACCAACCGUUAGUAACCGUCCGCCAGGUUCAGAAAAGAAAAACAAGACUGGUUUGAUCGUCGGGAUUGUAGUUGUUGUUGGUGCUCUGUGCUUUAUAUCCAUUUUUGUAGUUUUUAUCUGGAGACGAAGGAGAAGGGGCAUCAAUGAAGAUGAAGAGUUUCUAGGUAUGGCUGCCAUAGCAAACACUUUCAGUUAUUCUGAACUAAGGACUGCAACAGACAACUUCAGUCCGGCAAGUAAAUUGGGAGAGGGAGGAUUUGGGCCUGUUUUUAAGGGAACACUUUCAGAUGAACGGGUAAUAGCUGUGAAGCAACUGUCAGUAGCAUCUCGUCAAGGAAAGAGUCAGUUUGUAACAGAGAUUGCUACCAUAUCUGCAGUGCAACACCGGAACCUUGUGAAGUUGUAUGGAUGCUGCAUUGAGGGAGAUAAGCGGCUUCUAGUUUAUGAGUAUCUUGAAAACAAAAGCCUUGAUCAGGCACUCUUCGGAAAGAGCAACUUGAAUCUAAAUUGGGCCACCCGCUUCAAUAUAUGCUUGGGUACGGCUAGAGGUCUUGUUUAUCUCCAUGAAGAAUCUAGGCUCCGGAUUGUACAUAGAGAUGUCAAGGCCAGUAAUAUUCUGCUUGAUGCUGAUCUUAUUCCCAAGAUUUCAGAUUUUGGUUUGGCAAAGCUGUAUGAUGAUAAGAAGACCCACAUCAGCACACGGGUUGCAGGGACAAUUGGAUAUCUCGCACCAGAGUACGCCAUGCUUGGGCAUCUGACGGAAAAGGCCGAUGUGUUUGGAUUUGGGGUUGUUGCACUCGAGAUUCUCAGUGGAAGGAUGAAUUCAGAUACAACCUUGGAUCAACAUAAGAUUUAUCUUCUUGACUGGGCAUGGAAUCUACGUGAAGCCAACAGACCAUUGGACCUGAUGGAUCAGAGACUGUCUGAAUUUGAUGAAGAAGCAGCGCUACGGAUGAUUAGAGUAGCUCUUCUAUGCACUCAGACGUCCCCGGUGCUACGCCCGCCAAUGUCCCGUGUGGUGGCCAUGCUAGUAGGCGACGUCGAAGUGAGUAGUAUCACAUCACGGCCCAGCUAUUUAACUGAUUGUCAACUUGAUGAGAUAAACACCUUCACGACCGAUGACAUGUUGCGAGAGUCAACAGGGAGAACAUCAAACACAACUUGACACAUUAUCAAAUUCGAUGACGUUCGCUUAUGUGGACCCAUCGCCUGUGGCCACCGAGAAGGAUGGUGAUGAUCGUCUUCUAAGCUGUCCAUGUAUGCAUGCAUAUGAAUACAUAUUUACAUGCAUGUAUGUGCAUUAAUACAUCCAUUGUUAUGGAUACGUGUACAUAUACCACCUAUUUACAUUUCAUAUUGAGGUUUGAUGGUCUGUAUUUGGGAUUUAUUUACAUUUGUUUGAAAUGUACUUAACUGUAGACAAAUGGCUGUAGCCUCACAGGCUGCUUUGAGACAGAUAUUCAAAUCA